CUCACACUCACCUUAUAACCGCUUUGGCCGUGUUCAGCGUUCACCAUCAUGCCCGCUGAAGUCGCGUCGGCUAGUGGCGCGCCAGCACGCACUAAACCAACGACGCGGAGCUCUAUUCGCCAGUCAUUCGGCCUCUCUUCUGUCAGCAAGGCCCUCGCAGACGUCAUGCACAAGGACUCGAAAGAGAACGAGAGGGAGAAGGAGAAGGCUGCAAAGAAGAAGGACGCCGCCGCGCGCCGCACCAGCGCCGUCAGCGUUGCGCCCCCCGCCCGUGCAUCCACCGAGAAGCCUCCGUCGAGGAAGCUCACCGAGGACUCUCCCGACGCUAAGACCAUCACUCGUCAUUCGCGCAGGCAGUCCGCACUCAGGAAGCUCGCCGCCGCCAGCGAGGACCAGUCUUCGUCGCCCUCCGACAGCCCGAGCCCAGCAAGCAAGGCGAGCAAGGGCUCGGUCGCUUCCCGGUCGUCGGUACGCAACCGCAACUCUCUUGUCGGCUCUGGACUCCCAAAGUACAGACCGCGCUCCGCGUUGGGCGAGACCGCGAUUGUUGCCCCGAAGAAAUCUGUGUCGCCGACGAACCAGAAGGGGCGGCGGCGGGAGAGCAGCUCUGAUGACGAGACAGACGAGGUGAAGACCCCCAAGGAGCUCGCUAGACUAAGCGUGACACCCGCCGAAGGCAAAUCGAGCCGGUCGAUUUCCCCAAAUCCCCAUCCCAAUGCACUGAAGGUUAACCUGACCACUGCUAUCAAUGUCUCCCCAUCGACUCCCGAGAAGAAGGACAAGGGCUUGCCGAAGCUUCAGUCGUCCCCUUCAUCUGUACGCACUACAUCUACGAAAGCCUCGAAGUUGAGCAAGACCUCCACUCCCCCCGCCUCGACGGGGUCUGUCCGCUCUGGUCCCCAUCGCCCUCCAUCUGCAGCAUCCGUAUCUGGUUCCUCGCGCGCACCCAACACCCCGCCUACCCCUACAGUCUUUGGGAACAUUCCGAAGGGUUCGAACUCCCUUCGCUUGCAAAAUGUCUCCGCCAGUCCUAGUCCUUUACGCGGUGCGAUGGGCCCGCCUGAAUCACCUCUUGGUCGGAUGUCGGCCCGGAAGCAUGGCGGCUCUGGUCCUAUCUUACACACGCGGGGCGCAUCAGUGCCAGCGACGCCGACCCCGAUUAUCAUCACUCAUGACAGCAGCGUGGACAGCAUCGAGGCGGACGAUGUCGAGUUUUUGCUCGGGUCCGCUGUCUCUCCAUCCGCACCGACACCUGCGAUUCCGAGAGUGCGACGGCAAGGUACCAGCGGUGGCAACCCGCAGACACCCUCUCGUCCCGGCUUUCUGCCCAGCCGCGCGAACCUCUCGUAUGCUUCCCCCGCACCUCCUUCGUCUACCGAAAGCUCUCCGUUCUUGCGCCCGAAGCAACGGCUCCUAGGCAAUGAUCGCGGGUCUAUCCUGUCUUGGGAGCAGCUCGCGCAGCAUAGUAAGACUUUGGACGACGAAGAUGUCGAGCGUAUGAUAUCUGAGAUCCCUGCGCCAUUCCACCCUGGAGCCGUUUCGCCUAGCCUGAGUGUCAUAGACAUUCCGGAUAGUCCCAGCCUUUCUGCGCUCCCCUCACCGACCGGGUAUGGUUCAAUCUCCCAGGUCCUCUUGCCCGAAGUGACACCUUCACCCGCUAUCCACAACACCACCCAUCUAUUCGACAAUAUGAAGCCUGAGCAGGCGCAGGCUGACAGCGCAGCUCUCACACUCCUCCGCCUACAGCUUGCCGCGGCUGAAAACCGUGCGCAAGAACGCCUCGCCCAGAUGCAGUCGCUUGAAGAGCAACUGCAUCACGCAAAGGAGGCACGCAUGCGCGAUGCUCAAGAGCUCUCACGGCAGAUCUCCGAGCUCGAGGAGCAGGUGCACGGCAACCUCGCGAUCGAGAGCCAGCGGACCGAGCAGAUCGCCGUCCUCGAGGAGAUGCUCCGAGACGCGCAGGUGGCGCACGAGCAGUCCGUGAAGGACGUCGCACGGAGAGCCGAGGACGCGAUGUGCGCAUCGCGGGCUGCGGCGCUCCAAGUACGUCAGGUGCAGGCGAGGGCGGAGAUCUCGUCUGCCGCGAGUGAAGCGCGCUCGGCGUGGUACUGCGUCCGGGAGACGGCGGAGAGCGAGCUGGAGCUCGUGCGCGCGAACCGGGAGAUGUUGGGGCUGCUCUUGGCUGGGCUGGAGCACACCCUUGGGCAGCUUUCCUGCCACUGAGCGUGUACACUACAUGAUCUGUUGUGAGUUUCACGGGUUCACUAUUUGUUCGGUGGAAAUUCUAAAUUGGCCACCAUCAAUCAGGUCACUACCAUCUAUAUAUCUACCCUCCCUCUCGUUCGUGCAAUGUCUUGGUAUUUGUAUCCC